AUGGAGGGGCACAUUUAUAAUUUGGAUAUAGAGAUGGGUGUUUUGAGGCAUACAUUUAAUUCUGGGAAAACAAAGGAUGUAUCAUGGAGGAAGACACAGCUCAAGAAUCUGCUGUCUCUGCUUGCCGAGAACGAGGCCGAGAUUUACUCUGCACUAACACAAGACUUGGGAAAACACCCAGUUGAAUCAUUUAGAGAUGAGGUUGGGCCCUUGAUGAAGUCGGUAAAUUAUGCCUUGGAUGGCCUGAAGAAAUGGAUGUCCGGCAAAAAGGCCGAUUUACCUCUCGCUGCAUUCCCUACAAGCGCGCAUUUAGUCCCCGAGCCACUCGGGGUGGUCCUCAUCAUAUCACCAUGGAAUUUCCCUUUCGGACUUGCAUUGGAAGCGCUCGUAGGAGCAAUUGCAGCUGGGAAUGUCGUUGUCCUAAAACCGUCGGAACUUGCGCCAGCUUCGAAUGUGGCGCGCAAUGUGAUGACUGCUGCCGCCAAGAAUCUGACCCCUGUUGCAUUAGAAUUAGGCGGUAAAUGCCCGGCGGUUGUUGACUAUCUUUCGAGUUCUUGGGAUCAAAAGAUUGCAUUGCGACGUAUGGUUUCAGCAAAGUUUGGGACUUGUGCUGGCCAAGCAUGCAUAGCCAUUGACUAUAUUCUUGUCGAGAAGGAUUUCGCAUCCACUUUGGUAGAACUACUAAAGGCGUCCAUUCGGAGUAUGUUUGGGGAAAAUCCAAGAGAAUCAAAUACCAUUGCUAGAAUAAUCAACAAAAGUCACUUUUCUCGUUUAAGGAACCUCUUAAGUGAACCUGAGGUCGAGGCUACUGUAGUCCAUGGCGGUUCACUAGAUGAAGAUAGCCUCUUCAUAGAGCCAACUUUACUAGUGGAUCCACCGGUUAAGUCUAGGAUCAUGACCGAAGAAAUCUUUGGUCCAUUACUUCCUAUCAUCACGUUGGAGAAAAUUGAAGAUAGCAUUGAGUUCAUCAGUUCAAGGCCUAGGCCGCUUGCUAUUUAUGCAUUUACAAAGAAUGAAGGAUUCAAGAAAAAGUUGUCAUCUGGCACGACUUCAUCCAGUAUCGUUUUUAACGAUGCUAUCAUCCAAUAUGUAGCCGAUUCACUGCCAUUUGGAGGAGUUGGCGAGAGUGGGUUUGGGAGGUAUCAUGGGAAAUUCUCAUUCGACUUGUUUUCUCAUGAGAAAGUGGUUGUAAGAAGGAGCUUCAUUGUGGAUUUCUGGUUCAGAUAUCCUCCUUGGAAUCAACAUAAGAUGCACCUCUUUAGAUCCGCCUACCGAUAUGAUUAUCUCGGAAUUCUUCUCAUCAUUCUUGGCUUGAAAAAGUCGUGA